UAAGCACAUUUGUCAUAACCGGUAUCAAAAUAUCCCUGUGUCACUGUGACGGGGAGGACGUGAACGCUGCGUUGGAUUUGUCAACAACCCGUGGUUUAUUAUUUUUCCGAAAUCAUUUAAAACGACAACGAAUGCGUUCCUUGUACUAAUAUUUACUGCGAUGAUGGAAAUGUGAUCCGCCAAUACACCGAAGUCUUGUUUUCCGAGUUCAGUCAGAGCCAGAAGCUCAAGCUAAGUUUCAGUUUGCUAGCUGUAGAGUUGCGUUUUUGUUUGUAAACACGCGUUCGUCUAAAGCCGUAGCGAUGGCUGAUGGAAGUUCUUUCAACGUGAAGUUGCACAUUUAUGACCUGUCAAAAGGACUGGCCCGUCAGCUGAGUCCCUUGAUGUUAGGAAAGCAGGUCGAGGGAAUAUGGCACACCUCUGUAGUGGUUUAUGGGGAAGAGUUUUUCUUUGGAGGAGGAGGCAUUAUGAGCUGCUUUCCGGGUUGUACUAUUCUAGGUAUGCCUGAUUCCACAGUGGACCUUGGAAACUCAGAAGUUCCUCGGGACCUUUUUCUGGAAUAUCUGUCUUCGCUCAGGGAGUCUACUUACAGACCUGAAAAAUACCACCUCUUUGAACACAACUGUAACACCUUUAGCUCUGAGAUCGCACAGUUUUUAACAGGAACUAGGAUUCCUUCAUACAUCACUGACCUCCCAUCUGAGGUGCUCUCUACACCUUUUGGACAAGCACUCCGUCCUUUACUCGAAUCGGUCACCAUCGCUCCAUCGGGGAACAAUGGCAUGAAUGGAUAUGGCCAAAGGUAGAUCUGGCUGCUUAUAAAAAUGUAUUAUUACAGCAGUCAUGAAGCUUGUGUAACAGAUAAUAGUUUACUUAAAUUUCACCUAUUGUGCCUAUAAAAAUAGCAUUCAUAUAAAAGCAGGUCUUCCAGAUUUUCUGCUCCGUGUACUCAGUUUUUCAGUCUCUUGAACCUUCCUUUAAUGAACUGCGACGUCAACAGACCGGUUUGUCUGUAUGGUUGAGUACAGGAUUUAUAAUUCCAGCGGUGCAAACUAUCAGUGGCAACCAAAACGUUAGCUGUAAAAACCCCCAUGGAUGUUUAAAAAUGUCAAAUGUAUUUUAUAAAGCACAAAGUAGCACAAUAAUUACUAGGCAACUAUUUGCACUAAUCUUUACAAACUUUUUUUAAUCAAUUAAAUGUACCAAAGCAAAUUGUAUCAGGAUUCCCCUCGACAGUCUGUAGGUGUCUCUGUUCUACCUCCACAUGUUACAUGCUACGCUUUAAGAGGAACGGAGGCUAAGAAUUAGGUUGCUAAUUAUUAAAAAAUAAGCUAUGGUGAUUUAAUACUGAUUUGAGUAGUAACAUUUAGAGUCUUUUGUUUAUGUGUAAAUUAAUUAAGACAAUUAGACCUUUACUGACUACUGUGUUUUCAGAUAUCUAACUCUGUCGCUCUUUCUUUAAUCAGUCACUUCCUUUUAUUGGCUCUUUUAGUGUUGCAAGUUAACUAAACUUUACCUUUACUCAUUUAUAUCAAUCCUAGAGUGCCAUGAAUAUAUAUAUAUAUAUAUAUAUAUAAUAUAUAUAUAUAUAUGUAGGGUUUAAGGGGAUCAGUGACGUCAUAGGAAGCACAGCGUCACACAUGAAUGUUUUAUAAAAUGUGCAGGUGUCACCAGCAAUGAACCCCGUAGGAAAGUUGUUGUAUUUUUCAAUUAUUCAAUCGUCUUUUUACAUGUGUUACUCUGGUUAAGGUAAGAUAGGAAUAUAGUAAUAUAAUGUAUAAUGUGGCUUUGGUGACAAUAAGUAAUUAUUAAACUCGCAGUAUUUAAUUCAUAGCUCAUUAUAAUUCAUAUAAUUCAUUGAUGGUAAAUGGUGUAAACGCUCUAAAGUCUAUAGGACCAGUGUAAUCGUAACAAACACAUUAGCAAUGAGACCGUGCAUAUAUUUUUAACCGGUUCAUAAGAAUGCAUGAAAGAUUUGUAACAUGAUAUUUUAUGUAUCAAAAACAUUCCUUGUAAUACUCUCACAGUAAGAUUUAUUUUAGGUUGAGGUUAUGCUGCCUGAUUUAUCUGUGCUACUGUUUUUCAGUAAGUACUAUUUAGAGCUCUUAAUUUCCUGCCUCAAAUAAACCUCAUUUCUGUGUAAAUGUGUGUUAAACAUCAUUGUCUAAACAAAUAAAGACGUUCUGAAAGUA